AUGGCCUCCGCGCGCACCCUCGCCGCCGCCGUGGCUUCCGUGGCCUUCCUGCUGGGCCCGCCUCAGGCCCAGGCGCGGGGAGCGGGCUUCCUCCAGCAGCAGCGCGAGGGAGCUGGCGGGGUCUGGAGCGACGUCCGGGGCGCCAUCGACGCCGCGCUCUCGAGGAGCAACGCGUGGCACAAGCAUCGAUCUUCGGAGGGCGCACGCCUGGCGGAGUUGGAGGGCGCCCUGGCCGCGACGUGGCGGUCGCUGCCGAAGAACGGCGCGGGGCUCCUCGAGGCGCAGACGCUGCGCCUCGUGGUGCGGCGGCACUUCUCGAGGGCGUCAGCCCUGGUGGUUCGCGGCUUCGAGCCCAGCCAGCAGUAUUGGCCGCAAGCCGCCGGCCGUGCGGGCGGCGCUGGGGCCUUCGGCGACGGAGCGCUGGAGCAGCUCGGGGGGGCGCUGGCGUCUGGGCAGGCCGCGUCCCCGCGGGGCUUCUCCGCGCGGGACGCGGCGCUCGUGGUGCUGCUGGUGGAGCGGCUCGUCUCCGACCAGGAGGAGGCCCUCCUGGAGGAGGCGUACGAGAACUGCUCGCUCUCCCCGCACGGCCGGAUCGGCCGCGCGCAGCUGCAGACGGCGCUGGAGCACUACCUGGUGCAGUGGAUGAUGGGCAGCGACCGGGAGACCGCUAACGCGCUGCUCGCGAACAGGUCCAUCCUCGAGAGCGGCUUCCCGCACUGGGCCGCGCUCGCGGACCUCCUGCGGGGCUCUGUGAGGGCGCUGGACUUCAGGCGCCAGCGGGCGAUGCAGCCUGGCGCCCUUCGCGCGGAGUACAGCUUCCAGGAGGCCCGGGCCAUCGUGGCCGGGAUCACCAGGUCCUUCGCGAGUUUCUGGGACGACGAGUGCAGGGUCAUGAAGGAGGGCUUGGUCAAGAUGGACACCUACCGCACCGGGCGCGUGCCCCUCUCCAAGUUCUACGGCGCGGGGCUCGACACAGAGUGGCGCUACGGGGAGUCGGAGGCAUACCUGCGGGGACUUGGCGUGCUGGACGAGAGCUCGCGGUGGCUCGGCAAGCAGGUCAUCAUCACCAACUACAUGCACGGGGAGUCCAACUGCAUCGUGUCGGGGUCGCACUACAAGGUCUGCUGCAUGGACGACUGCGAGGGCCUGCUUGGCGAGAUUGAGGCCGCCGCUGGCUCGCCAGCGCUGGACCCCCUCGAGCUGCUGGAGCUGGUCGAGAACGUGGCUGCGCCCACGCUGGCGGCGGACGACGGCACGCCCGCCCUCCCGCGGGCCCUUGCGGCGCAGCUGCGCAGCAUCGCUGCCGCCCACGGUGGCGUCGUGCCGCUGCACGGCCGCCUGUUCGCGCGGUGGCUGCACCUCGCGUUCCCGCACCACUGCCCCCUCCCGCCGCCUGCGGCCUCACACGCGGCGCGCCCCGUGGCCAGCUUCUCGGACGAGCAGAUGGCCACGCGCGAGGAGAUGCUCCAGCACGCCGGCGCGGCUGCCGCGGCCGCGGACGAGGCCGAGAAUGCGACGGCGGCUGCCGCCGGGAGCGAGCUGCACCUGAUGUCGCACUGGAGCGUGAGCUCGCGGCCGACCAGGGCGCGCCGCGCGCCCCGUGGGGCCGUGGGCCCGCCCGCGGCACGGCCGGCCUGGUGCUGCUGCUGGCACUGA